UUGAAGUGUUGUGCCCUUGAGGCCACAUAACAAAUUGAGCGCCUUAAUUUUUUAAAAAAGGUGAAAUCUGUAUAACCAUACCUCGGAGGUGUGACCUAAACAUCGCCUUUCCCAUGAUCAAGUUUUUUUUAAACUUAAAGUUUCCAAAUAAGUGUUCAGAAUAUUUGUGUAUCUCAUUAUUACAACACACGUCCAUGGAUUCUACCUUGUUGAGAGCAAAAGAUUCGUCUUCCCACCUUAGCAAAUCAGGCGAUCCUUCUUGCGGUGCUAUCGUUAAUUCUAAGCUGUCAGUUACAAACGCCAAUCAUUUGAAGUUUACUCGCCCCGCAAGGCCCGUGCAAGUCCACAAGUCAAACAGCGUUAUCUAUAGCUCUAAAUAUCCUGACGGAAAAACAUUUGAUAAUACAAGCGAUAGUGAUGACAACAUCUGCUCAUACUGUAAUGUUGGCGUAGUGGAGAACAAUUUUACUUUCGCCGGAGUUCUGCUGUGCGUCAUUUGCUUUCCUUUCGGUUUCGCGUGGCUCUUUUGCAUGAUGGAAUCGCAAUGCCCUCACUGCGGGAAAAUUUAUCUGUGAAAUACUCCCGCAGGAAAAUUUCUCUCUUUUCUCUCAUUAGAGCUUCUUUUGACUGAACAUUUGUGAAUGUGAAUUAUGUGAUGCAUGUUUGAAAAUCUUUACCUGAUAACUAUUUAAUCAAGUGUAAUUUUAGGAAAUGAUAAAGGUUGAUUCAAAAUAAUUGAUUUUGACUUAUUAAUACAGUGGAAAUGCUGUAAAUUGAAUAGAUACUACACAGAAACGUCUCACGUGUCACUGCCAACAAAUUACGGCGGACGGUAUCAAACAAAUGUCCGAUAAAAGAAAUGCGCACAGUACGAAAAUAAAGUUUAUCAGUUGAUCGCAAUAGAUCACGAAGGAAUAAGGUUCGACAACGUUUAACGAAAAUAAGCCAUAUGCUCAAGUCUAUCAUAAAAUGACCUUUUCAAUUUCCAUAGCAACAAAAAGAUAAGGCCUAAGAAGGGAGUUAACGAUGUUAACUUAUAAAGUAUAUAUCUCGUUCUGUAACUUGUUUCAGUAUUCUUGCUCUUAUUUCAACUGAAUAUUGAAUUCCUGGACAGUAGGAAAGUAGUAGCCUAAGCAAUGGAACACGGAAAAGAAAAUCCCCCGUCAUACUCACAAGCACCAUAUCCGGCAGCCCCAGCACAGUAUCCGCCAGCCCCUCCGCACCCAUCGAAUGCCCAUACAUAUCCCCCGAAUUACAGCGGUCAAACUGUUAUUCAAGUUGAAGCUCAACCGCAGCAAGUGGUCAUCGUCGGAGGCUGUCCAAAAUGCAGAGUUGGUGUUUUGGAAGAUAAAUUCACUCUUUGCGGAUGGUGCUGUUGCUUCUGGUUAUUCCCACUCGGUCUAAUUUGUUUGUUCAGCAUGAGGCAAAAGAGAUGCAUCAAUUGCCAUCAAAGAUAUUGAGCUUGGCAAAAAAAACCGUACGACUGACACUGAAUAGCGUCCGCUACUACGUUACGUUUCGACGGAAGAAACAACAAGCUUAACUUGGAUCUAUUUCCCAUUUCCUUGGUUGAGCGAACUUGUCAAUUUAAUCGAAAAUAAACAAUUUCAAAUUACAA